GGGUUUUAUCUCGACAGGCUCAUUUCAGUAGCCUUUACUGAAUGGAAGAACUUAACUCUCUUAUACGCUAUUGGUUGGGGGUUUCCCAUAAUUCCUGUCGGCAUAUACGCUGUUCUUCGCAAGUCAUUGAAAGAUGAGAGAUGCUGGGUGAUUCCAAUAGGAACAUACGAAUGGAUUAUGCAUGGUCCCUAUUUGCUUAGUUUACUGCUUAACCUUGCAUUUCUCUGUAAAAUAGUCAGAAAUCUGGUUACUAAAAUCAAAGCGACUCAUCCGAACGAACCCAGUCAGUACAGGAAAGCCGUCCGGGCAACAUUGAUCCUUGUUCCGCUGUUCGGUAUACACUUCUUCCUGGACAAGUACAGACCAGCGCCAGGUGGAUGCGGCUGGAUGGAUGUUUAUAUCUAUUUUAACUUUGCCAUAGACGGGUUCCAG